AUGCCGCCCAAGGGUCUCCCGGGAGCAUGGGUCUCCCGCGAGCAUGGGUCCAAAAUCCGGGUUGGGCAAAUCCAUGGACUCGGCGCGCUACAAAAGCCGUUCUUGCAGCCUACUCGCGUCUGGCGCCUGCCCGCGCUCUGCGCGCCUGUCCGGGGCUCGCAAGUUUCGCCCAAAACGGAAAGAGGUGAAAGUAGCCUCCUGGCCGCGGAACAACGUGCGAGUGGGGCUCAGCGUGGUAGCUCUGUCAACAUGGCUGGCCAAUCGCGAUGCUCGCUGUGGGCUUGGAUUGCUUGA